AUGCCAUUCUCCCAUCACAGCCAUUCAGGGCAAUUCUGCCCAGGCCACGCUCAAGACUCUCUUGAAGAUGUGAUCCAAGCGGCCAUCUCCAAGAAGAUGCAAGUCUUCUGCCUAACAGAGCACAUGCCCCGCGCCAAAGAAGACUUCUAUCCGGAAGAGGUAACCCACCCCCAACCCAACCUCCAAAUCAACUCGUCAUCUCGUCAUCUUCAAUCUAACCACCUCAAACAGGUCGAAUCAGGCCAAACUGAAGAAUGGCACUUUACCAACGAAGCAGCCUACUGGACAGAAGCCGUCCGCCUCCGCACCAAGUAUGCCGCUCAGAUCCAGAUCAUCAUUGGCUUCGAAUGCGAAUGGAUCCGGCCCGAGUCCAAGUCUCUAAUCGAGCGCUCACUGUCCCGCUUCCCAUUCGAGUUCUUCAUCGGUAGCUUGCACCACAUGCACACAAUGCCGAUUGACUAUGAUCGGGAAAUGUACGAGAAAGCGCGCGAUCUCGCGGGUGGUUCGGAUCUGCGACUUUUCGAGGAUUACUUUGAUGCGCAGCUUGAUAUGCUGCAGGAGCUUAAGCCGCUGGUGGUGGGGCAUUUUGAUCUUAUUAGGUUGAAGAGUGAUGAUAUGGAGAGAAGCUUUAAGAGCUGGGAGGGGGUUUGGGCGAGGAUUCUCAGGAAUUUGGACUUUAUUGCGGGGUAUGGUGGGAUGCUGGAGAUUAACGGGGCUGCGCUGAGGAAGGGCAUGAGUGAGCCUUAUCCUAAGGCUGAGAUUUGCAAGGAAUUCGUGGCUCGUGGUGGCCGCUUCUGUCUAUCGGAUGACAGUCAUGGCGUGGAUCAAAUCAGCUUGAACUUCCACAAAGUUCUGGAGUUCCUGGACGUUGCUGGUAUUGAGACCCUGCAUUAUCUGAAGCUGGCGGAGCCAUCGGGGACAGUGCCCGACGCUCGGUUCCCGCGCACACAUAUUGCUGCUAUCUCUGUGGAGGAUGUGAAGAAGACGGCAUUCUUCAAGGUUGAAUAG